AACGUUAAUAUGGAAAGAGGGGCGACGUUGACAACUACCGCUGCUUGAGCUGUUGGGCCAAUAAGCGAGCUCGCUGAUGGGGCCACGUGAGGGAAGUUUAUGUGGAAAGACGGUUGGGAAACCAAGGAAACGGUGCCUAAUACCUAGCAACUGGCUUCCUCCUGAGCCUCUGUUUUUUCUGAAGUGAAUGACCGACUUUUGAGCGUGGAUCUUCGUUUCGGAUAUGUGCGUGGUGAGUCCAAGAAAACCUGAAUAUUUACACAUAGUUCUCACUUUUAUUACAGCUAGAAGACUUCCUUCCUACCCUCUGGAUCAUAGCUCAGUACGUAACUGAAAAUGAUUGAUUCUGUUAAAGUAAGGAGACAGUGCAGUAUGGAUUUUUAUGCUCAUUAUGAGCAGCUCUGUGCUUUAGAAGGCUCUGCCCCUUUAACAUCUGUGAAAGCCAAAAAACUUUAUAAUAUUCUUGAUAUUAAUGCGGAUCGUAUUAAAGCUGCUGAUUGGAUACCUCUACUACGUGCAGUCAGACAUAACAAGACUUUAACUUUUAUUGCAAUAAAGAGCUGUCAUCAUCAGGGUCCUGGGGACUCAGGUCUUGAAAAACAGGGAACAGGUAUAAGAAGAAGAAUUCCAGCAAUUCGAUCCAAAGACUUAACUGGACAAUUGUCUAAAGCUAUCAAAGGUUGUCUGAUGGUAUCAAAGGCCCUGGGAAAGCUAGAACUACAUGGGUUGCUUUUGAGGGAAAAGGACUUAAUAUUAUUGACAAAAGGGUUGGCUAAUACAUCAUCUUUGGAGAGACUAUCUUUAGCCCACUCACCAAUAGGUGAUGGAGGUUUAGAAAUAAUUUGUCAGAGUGUGAAGAAUUCGGCUUGCAUCAAAUCUAUAGAUUUUACAGGAUGCAGUUUAACCUGGCGAGGAACAGAACACAUGGCCAGCAUCCUGAAACACCAGGCAAUGAAAAGACACGGUGAAGCUUGGGCUGAAAGUCUCCGCUAUAGGAGACCUGAUUUUGAUUGUAUGGCUGGCUUGAGGCGCAUCAGUCUCAACUGCAAUGCGCUUAUUGGUGAUCGAGGUGCUGCUGUUUUAGCUGAUUGCCUUGCCGAAGAUCUGUGGCUAAAAGCACUUGAUUUGCAGCAAUGUGGAAUUAGCAGUGAAGGGGCAAAAUCACUUUUGGAUUCAUUUAAAACUAACAGAACAUUGGUGGUUCUGGACAUCAGAAAAAAUCCAUUAGUAGAUCAUGCUUUAAUGAAGAAAAUAAUUGAAAAGGUUCUCAUGAAUGCCAAUGGCACUAACUUGGAGUACAAGUGGCUUCCUUCUCCAGUCUCAAAAGAUGUUAAAAACAAACCCAAAAAAAGAACAGUUGUCUUGGGAAAUGGCAGAAAAGGAAAAGCUACUAUACGUAUUGUAAUUUGGAGACACAGAGGAUUUUCAUCAAAAAAAUCACUCAGUUCUAGUAAGACAACUUUAUGGGAUCAAGACAACUAUGCUCCAAAGCCAUUACCCCCAGGGACACAUGGUUUCCUGCCCUGGCGUACUGCUGAACGUGCAAAGCACCAUAGGGCUUCAUCUACAAAAAAUGCCCAUGAAUUUCCAUUGCAGAUACAGACGGGUAUUCCUGUGACAGUGACUGUAGAAAGUGCUUCUGCAUCUGAAACUGAAACAGAGGGUGCCAUGGACAAUGUCAUUUGCAGAAAGGAUACAGAAUCCUCCAAAUUAACCAAUUUAAAACAUUGGCAUCAGUUACAGAUGGAGUAUGAAGAAUGUCACUUAAGACUAAAAGAAGAACGAAAAGCAAGGAUGAUUGCUGAAGAACGGAUAAUGGAGGUAUUGGAAUUGGAAAACACUCAAUUACGGAAUAUAAAUUGCUCCCUCUCAGAAGUUGUCCAUGCACAGUCAGUAGCCAGCACAAUACUAGAAGAUGAAGGAGUGCUUGGUAGCAUUGAGAAUUCUUUCCAAAAGUUUCAUGCUUUUUUAGAUCUUCUUAGAGAUGCUGGCCUUGGACAGCUUGCAUCAAUGGCUGGUAUAGAGCAAUCAGAUUUUGGUGUAUUACAUCUUCCCCAAAUGACUACUACUGCAAAGCCAACUGUGAUAGAAAGGGAGAAGUCAUUUGAAGAAGAAAGACAAGAACACAUGCAGAAUUUUAAAAAUGCUGGCACUACCUCUUUUCUGAGUCCUCUCACUUUCCAGAAAGACUUUGAUUCAUCUCAAGCAGUAAAUAAUGACCUACCUGCAUCAGCAAAAACUCAAGACCGUCAAGGUGUUGGUCCAUCCCAGCAAAGUUUGUGGCAAGACAUUGAAGCUAAAAUAGAUAGUUGGAAAAUAGAAGAUCAUGAAUCAAAACCUGCCCAGACAGCAUCUGAGAAGAACAGCCAGCCUCUAGAAUUGGAAACAAGGGAUUCCUCUGUGAGGCAAAUACUUACCGCUCGACAUUCAGUCUCUGAACCUGUUAUCAAUGUGCUUGGUAACAAAUUUGGUGCUCCUAUUGUUGAAAAUAGUAAAGCUUCCUCAAAAAAACUUUCUUACACCACGGGCUUUACUACAGAAGAUAAAAAUCUACAAGAAUCUGACCUUUCUAGAAAUGACAGAGAGGACUCUGAUUCUGAAAUACAAGAAAGCAUCCAUUCUGUAGGAAGUGCUUGAGGAAUCCACUGGAUUGUUCACUGAAAUCAAUUUACUGCAUAAAUCUUUGGUGUUAUCCAAAAUUAUUAUGCAAUAAUUUAUAUAUGGUGGCAAAAGUAGAGAAGCAGUGACCAGAUGCUGGUGAAUAACAAUUCCCAUAUGAUUGGUCAUAUUGGUUGGAACCGCUGAGAGUUAUAACUUGCAACAAUCUGGAACAUCAGAACUUCUUCACUUUUGCAUGUAAGGAUUUGCUUUUUUAUAUCUAACUUUUUUGCAAUGUGAAUCUUUAAGAACGUUGUUGCCAGUAUUCCAAAAGAUUUAUUGUGCAUUUUGGUUUUUAUUUGGUUUUAUAAAGAAUCUGGUAUGAUUCAAAUUCUCAUUUAUAAUUAUAAUGUGAAUAAAGUUUGUACAUGGUUCUAAGUAAAAAA